AUGUCUUUGGAUGCUAAAACCGAUAUUCCGAGAUCGGAUGAAUUUCUUAACUUGUACAGUAGACAAAUUGGCACGUUUGGCUACACAACGAUGCUCAAACUUACAAGAAUGCGUGUGUUCAUUUUAGGAAUAAACGGGGUGGGAAUAGAAAUAGCAAAAAACAUCACUCUAACUGGUCCUAGUUCUGUUACAAUCAAAGAAAAUAAGAUUGUAGAAUGGACAGAUCUAGGUGUUAACUUUUAUUGCAAAAAAGAGCAUGUUGGUAAAGUUCCGAUUAGUAAUGCAGUAUUACCUGCGUUGCAAAAUCUUUGUUCGUUCGUUUCUGUAAAAAUUUUUACUGAUGAUCUGACUGAAGCUAACAUUGAUAACUUUGAUGUGGUAAUCACGUGCAACCAAUUGAACGAAACAAACAUCUAUUUAAACCAACUAUGCCGUAAAUUUAAAAAAGGAUUUAUUUCUACGUUUAGUUACGGAUUAUUCGGUAGUAUUUUUGUCGACUUUGGAGACAAACAUAUAAUAUACGACAAACUCGGCGAGAAGUCUAAAUCAUAUGUUAUUGAGCGCCUUAUCGUAAAUGAGUCUGAAUCUAUAAUUUGUAUUCAAGCUAACUCUAGAUUAGAAAUUGAAGUGAAUAACAAAAUAAAAUUUAGUUCGUUAUCCGGCGUUGAAAACUCUGUCUUACAUGAAAAAUUAAAAAAUGGUGUGUUCCGAGUUAAAGAUGUUAAAAAGGACUGUGUCUACAUUGAUUUGGAGUGUGAAAGUGGAAUAUAUCAAUUUUCGGGAAAUAUUGCUACCUUGCCUAUAGAAGACGAACUAAGCUUUGAACCAUUCGAAAGACUUGCCGAAAGGCUUUACAAAUCUGGGCAAAGCUACAUUGGCUCUGUUAACAUGGCUCGUGAAAACUCUUCUGAACUUUUGUUUGUUUUUUGGAAAGCACUGUUGCAGUUACCCAACAUCGACGCGCUAGACAGAAAAAAAGAUUACACCAAUGAGAUAAUGGCCAACAUUGAGAAAGUGUCAAGUCAAUUGAGAAAUCAAAGUGACCGUUGGAAAAACAUACUCGAUUCUUUAAAAAAUAAAAAGUUAUUUGAGCAGCUUGCCAGGCAUGUCAACUGUGAAUUUCUCCCGGUUGCAACCAUAAUUGGAGCCAUCGCUUCGCAAGAAGCAAUCAAGUAUUUAGGGAAGUACAUUCCGUUAAAUCAGUGGUUUUUCUUCGACUGCAGUGAAGUUGUUCCCGAUUCGAAGGUUGAUACUCAGAGUAUUUCAGAGUCUAGAUAUGAAAGUUUAUUUAAAAUUCUUGGUGAAACAAAACUUAAAGAAUUGCAGACCAAAUCAGUGUUUUUGGUGGGAACAGGUGCCAUCGGUUGCGAGCUGAUAAAACUACUGGCUUUGCUAGGGUGUUCGACACAAGGAGGAAAAAUUGUGGCGACAGAUAUGGACUCAAUUGAAAUCAGCAACUUAAACCGUCAGUUUCUUUUUCAUCGAGAACAUAUUGGCAAAAGUAAAAGCCAAGUUGCUUGCUCUGCCGCUUUGGAAAUGAAUCCUGAUUUAAAUAUUGAAGCUUUGUGUCACAAGGUUGACGAGUCGACCGAAAAUAUUUUUUCUAACGAGUUUUGGAAAUCAAAUUCCUGCAUUUUGAACGCGCUCGAUAACAUCAAAUCGCGAAAUUACAUUGAUUCGCGAUGUGUUUGGAACGGUGUUCCACUGCUUGACAGUGGAACAUUGGGACUGAAAGGCAGUGUCCAAGCCAUCAUCCCACACUUGACAAAAUCUUAUGCGCAGUCGACCGAUCCAGACGAAGAAAGUAUCCCUCUUUGUACAAUACGACACUUCCCGACACAAAUUGACCAUACUAUUGAGUGGAGUCGCGAGCUCGAAGACGAUUUUGUACCAUCAAAUGUCACCAUAGAAAUCAAUCAAGACAUCAGCAAAAAGAAAAAGGAAACCAGAAUAGACUCGGUACUUGAAAAUGAACAAGUAGCACAGUUGUACAAGCAAUUCAAAUCUUUAAAUGGUGCUGAUUACAGUCGUUUGAACGCUAUAAAACCCAUUGAGUUUGAAAAAGACGAUGAUUCGAACUGCCACAUCAAGUUCAUUUAUGCAGCGAGCAACUUAAGAGCCACAGCGUAUAAUAUUGAGACCGUGUCUUUUCACGAAGUGAAAUUUAUUGCUGGAAAAAUAGUUCAGGCUGUUAUUACGACGACCUCAUUAGUAGCUGGUUUCGUGAUGAUUGAACUUGUCAAGCUAGAUACGUUAACUCAAUCGUUAGCUGGUAUUUGUGGUAAUCUUGCUUUUUCACCUCCAAAAACUGGAGAAGAAAAAGUGAGACUAUUACUUGACUAUUUGUAUCCUUGCCGUAGUUUAGAUCCUAGAAUAGAUGGUUUGUUUGGCGUUAUUCUUGAAGUAGCUGCCGGUAUUAAGCCUUUACCGACAGACAUUUCAUUGCCCCCACCGCCUUCUUUUAAUGAACUUGUUGAACGGGGUGUUUAUCCAUGGGCUGUCAGUAACGAUAUUCCUUUGUUUAUCAGAAAUUUAUUUCAAACAAACGAAGAGAACGCUGCGUUUAUAAAAGCAAAUUUAAUUGCUAAACAAGCAAUGGCUUGUUUAACAAACAAUACUCAUAAAGGUGAUGUUAAUAUUAGAUUAACCGGAAUGUCUAUUGAAUUUGGGCAAAUAAAUAUUACAAACCCAGAAUCAAUACCAGCGAGUAGAAUAGCAAUUUGUACAUGUCGUUAUGAUUAUGAAGAUGAGGAACAAAUUAUCAAAAACAAUAAUCGUAUAGCGAAAGAUUGGUUAUUCAGUAACGAAGGAAAUGCCAUAAUUCGUCAAACUAUUGAUCUAGAUAAUUUUGAUAUAUCGAAGAAUGGAUAUAACUCUUCUAUUAUAGUGACUGUAUACGACACAAAUAAUUUACUAAGUCCGCCGUUAACUGCAAAAAUUUCUCUAGUUGACCCUGCAACUUUAUUGCAGUACAACAGCUACAAUUUAGUUUCUAAUAACAAUAUCGUUGGAACUAUUUUAUUAAACUUGUUUCCAAUUCCGAGAAACUCGGCUCUGUUAGCUUAUAGAGUAAAAGAAAAUGUCGACUUGUUUGGAAAACCUUUUAAACAACCACUCCCUGAACAAGAGUUUAUUGCUCCCAAUAACAUGAUGAAUGAUGUUUCUAAUAUUGGCUAUAGUUCUUAUCCGAAUCCAGCUAACCUAAAUUUACUAAUGAACCUUAAUCAACCAGGUAAGCGAAAUAUCGAGGUACCUGAUUUAGAACCUAUUAACGCAUCAGUGCCUAUGCAAAAUUUUGGUGUUCAAACAGAUAAACAUGAAGUAACCGCAGUUCCAGUUACUAGAAAAAUGAUUAAUGGCAGCGGUGUUAAAGAGGGAGAUAUCCAAGAUAAAGCAACCCAAUUUAACCUUGCAACUAAAACAUCUAAGCCUGAUCCGUUACGAAAAACUAGUUUUGCUAUGAAAAACGAAGCUAUUGAAGCAGCAAUUAGUAAGGAUUUAACUAAAAAGUUCACUACAUUUGAUAUUAAAAAAAGUUCAGCUAAUUUUAAACCCAAAACCGAAAAUAAAAAAAUUCUAGCUGAGAGCGUAGCUCGCAUUGAACGACUUAGAGCUAUUAAUAAAACAAAAUUAAUUGAUGCCAAAAAACGAGAACUUUUAGAAGAUAGAGAUUCACAUAAAGUGUUUGGAGCAAAGAAUCUAAUUAAAAUGUUAUCCUUGAAAAAUAAAACAACUAGUGAUUUUAAUAUCCCAAUGAGUAAAUUGAAACAAAGCAAAUCAUUAAAGGCAGUGAAAUCAUCGAUAAAUAAUCUCAAAAGUAAGCCCAAUGAAAAUGAUGAUAGAGUAGACCAAUCACUUAAAGAACACGUAACACUUAAAAAAUCUAUUUCAUUAAAAUCAACACAACCUGAUAUAACUAAAUCUGAUACUCAAAAUGAUACUACAAAAAGGACUAUACCAAAUAAAAUACCAGAAAAUGAUAAAAGUAUUUCACCGGGUGACGCUAGUAAAAAUGAUCUCAAUUCUGAUAAAGCAAAUGUUGAUGUAGAUAAACGAUCGAGUCAAGCUAGGAAUGAAUCAAUUCCAAACAGUUCUGUAUCGUUUAAAAAACCAGAAAAUAAUGAAACAAAAGUAGAAACCAAUACAGAAUCAAAAACUCUGGCAGCUGAAAUGAAUGAUAAAAUUCUUAUAGAAACUAAGAAAACAGAUAGUAUAACGCAAGUAUCAACUAAGUUGUUAAAUAAAAAAGCUCAGAGCUCAGGUAGUAUAAGCAAAUCAGAAAUUGAAAUCCCAAACACUGUAGAUCAGUUUCCAGUUAACUCACUAAAUAAAGAAAAUAGUGUUAAAACUUCCUCGUCGGUGCUAUCAGCUCCAUUAAUAUCGAAAAAAUCUUUAUUAGUGCAUAAUCAAACUAAUGAUAUGGUCUUUAAAACAUCCGAUGCUAAUAACAAGAAACAAGAUGUUUUUAUUACUGAUACUUUAAAUAUUACUUCAUCUAGAUCAGAAGACGCUAUAUCAACUACUACAUCUAAAGAUCAACUGACUAAAAAAAAAUUAUUAACAAAAACAAGCGGAAUAAAAGAACUUAACUCUGAUAAAUUAAUAAAUUCUAGUCAAGAGCCAGGUUCUGUGUCUACAAUGAAUGCAACAUUAGGUCAAACUAAAAAAUCGGCUCAAACUUUCAUAAAAAAAACUUUAUUAAGCAAAAAAUUCUAA